UCCUGCUGCAGGAACCUUUUUUUUUUAAGCUAAAACGCAGGUAACGAGCGACUUCCGCCAUCAAGAAUUAACUUCAUGUAACAAAAAACAAUUCCGUAAAAUGUAUUCAGUUACAAACUACCUUCAUUAUGUUCAUAGCCUUUUUCAGUAAAACCGUUGCUUCAGAAGUACCUAUUAGAUGGAUUAAAAACCUUAAAAAUACUUUUAUCAUUUUUGUUUCGAGUAAACUAUGAAGCUGUAUCUACAUAUUAACUGGUGGUAGGACCUCUUGUGAGUCCGCGCGGCUAGGAACCACCGCCCUGCCUAUUUCUGCCGUGAAGCAGUAAUGCGUGUCGGUUUGAAGGGCAGGGUAGCCAUCGUAACUAUACUGAGACUUUAGAACUUAUAUCUCAAGGUGGGUGGCAUUUGCGCUGUAGAUGUCUAUGGGCUCCAGUAACCACUUAACACUAGGUGGGCUGUCCACCCAUCUCUCUAUUAAAAAAAAUGUAUAUAUUGAAAAUAUUAUUCAGUCUCCACUGAGAAUUGUCUUCUCUGUAUUUUUUAUUUAUUUUUAUGUUCAACUUAAACACUCGCUUGAGAACUACAUAAAGAAACCAAGGCGCCAUCUCUAAGAAAGGCGCUUCGUCUUAUGGCACAAAUUACGAUCUUCAGCAAAAGGAAAGAAACCGACAAAAAAUAAAUUACAAAUUCUUUUAAAAUCGUGUCUGGUACUUACUUCCAAUAUUAAAUCAAUCCAACAUUUUCCAUAAAAUGAUAAUACCAAGUCCAGAUCCCUUCGAAAGGGGGCAAUAAAAACAAAAUCUGUUGCUACUUCAAAAAUAACAUUUGAACUCAUUACUUGUGUAAGGUUUGUUGUAAAAUAAUUAAAAUAAAAUUGGUCAUGUUAAAGUUAAGGCAAUUUUUGUAUUGCCAAAUAGCAACACUGUUGGUGGUAGCAAUGCCAGUGGUGGGGUUGUGAGAUAAUAAAAAAGGCGGUAGUCUGAGAAACGGGAAGAGAAAUCAGUGUAUUCGGUAGUGAGCAGAUGUCUAAAGAUUGUAAAAGUGGAGUUUCAAAUAAAGCAAUACAGAAUUAAGUAAACUACUGCAAUCUGUGUAUUAUUUCCUGACUGUUGGAAGUGGAGUCUUACAUCUCAGAAGUGCGGUCGCCUCACUUCCAGAACAUGAAUAGAGAAGGCACACAUCAUUUGAUGACACCCUCGCGCAGCCGUAAAGGAAGCCGAGGCGAAGCGGGUCCCAACCGAUCUCGUACUCGCAGCCGUAGCUCUCGCACGUGCAGCCGGGCCCGGGAGCUGGAACUGUACCAAGAACGUAUCCAGCGACUAGAACAGGAACUGCAGCAAGAGCGGGAGAUGGUACGGCGACGCGAGAGAAGUACACGGCGCCCUUCAGCCGAGAGGCCACUUGCGACCUCUCUUCGUGCAGCUACAGAGGUGCGCCGGAGUGACGAUGCGCGGCAUGCAAAAGUCAACCAUGAACGUCGUGCCACACAUAUCAGGUCACGUAGUCCUUCCUUUUCUACUAAUGAUGUUGUCAAAAUAAUACAGUCUAUUAAGCACGGUCCCGAAUCUCAACCGUUACCGCAGAACACACCGAUGAUUAAUAAAAAUAUAGAUCACAAGAAUAUUCUUCCAAAUUUUGACCCUUCUGUUAAAAAUCAGCGAAUAGACGUGUGGCUGAAAAAGGUUAAUGAAUGCGCGUCGGUUUAUGGUUGGGACGAUAGGACUACUAUACACUUUUCACUACAAAAACUUCAAGGAUUGGCCAAGUUGUGGUUCGAGAGUCUAGAUACGAUCUUGUAUACGUGGCAAGAGUGGCAAGAUAAAUUAAUAAACGCGUUUCCUCACGAACUAAAUUAUGGCCAGUGCUUAGAAGACAUGUUGAGACGAAAAAGCAAGCUUAAUGAACCUAUAGAGCAAUAUUAUUAUGAAAAACUGUCUCUGUUAAACCUAUGUGGUAUUUCUGGUAAGCGCGCUGUCGACUGCAUAAUUCACGGAAUUAGUGACAGGACUAUGAAGUCUAGUGCCUUAGCUUUGCGCUGUUCUCUUCCAGAAAAUCUUUUACAAUUUUUAAUGAGUUGGGACACAGAUCAAUUGAUUAAUGAUCAAUCGCAUUUGAGAAAUAAAAAUGCCUCUGACACUGAAUCAAAUUCUAAAAAGAAUUCCGGUCAAGGUAUUUAUUGUUUUAACUGCAAACAGCAGGGGCAUCCGUAUUUACAGUGCCCAAAGCCGCUAGAUAAAUGUAACAAAUGUGGUAAGAUAGGACAUAAAACGGAAACCUGUUUUAAUCAGGAAGAGGGUUCCUCAAUCGGUUUGGUGGUCUCUAAAAAUAACUAGCUCUAGUGCAAAAUUAACCGAAAACUUAUCUUAACGACAUUUUCUUCGAGUCGUAUCACACAUAAAAUAGAGAACAUUCAAGACAAUAUUCCCCAUGAAAGGCUCUGGUUAUAAGUUAAUAUAGUCCUCGGAGAGUAUACCUUUUCAUCUCGAAAUUUGAUGACGUACGUGCUAGUGUUCUGUAGGCUAGGUGACAAUCUGAUGUAAUUCUUCGUUAAUCAAUCAAACAUUACAGAACAAUCGCAUAUCAUUAUUAUGAAAAAUUCAACUACUUAACGGUUUUUAAGCAUGAAUUCUGAACUGUCCCACUCAGAUUUAUAUAAGGAAUAUGAUAAAUCCCUUGAGAGAAAAUAUGUAGCAAGUCUUGAGCAGCUGACAUAGUUAAGAUCUUAAGUAGAUUAUCUAAAGAAUAUUUUGAGUUAUCUAAUUAUAAAUCAGGUUCGUUCAGUCAGUCAGUCCGUCUCCCUGGGUUUGAGGGAAUGGGAAUGAAGCAUAAAAUGCUAUAUUCGAUUUAAUAAAGCCCUGGAUACAUGUCACGUCACUUAAACUUGGUGGAUCAGUGGGAAGUAAAUCUUUACUACUGACCGUGAAUAAUUCUAAGUGUUUAAUAAUUUUUGUCAAUUACAUUAUUUAAUGUCAAUUAUGUAAUAUUAUUGUCAAUUACUUUGUCAAUUUAAUAACAAUAAAUGGAUGAUUAAAUGAUACACAUAUAUAACUGAAUUGAUGAAGCACUUACGCUACCGAAUUAUUCUUUCUUUGUUUACAGGUCAGGAGCGAGAAUUGAUCGGUUCGCACCUCGACCAGAAAGUCCUUGAGAAUUGAUUGGUUCAAGGCAAGACAGAAAAUACUAUAGCUGAGAAUUGAUGUUCAGGGCGAGACAGGAAAUACUACAGCUGAGAAUUGAUUGGUUCAGCUUGUGUAUUUCAUAAAGUCCUUGAGAAUUGAUUGGUUCAAGGCGAGACAGGAAAUACUACAGCUGAGAAUUGAUUGGUUCAGCUUGUGUAUUUCAUAAAGUCCUUGAGAAUUGAUUGGUUCAAGGCACACAUUAACUGAGAAUUGACUUGUCAUGGCAGUUUCAUAACUGAGAAUUGACUUGGCAUGGCAGUUUCAUAAUUGAGAAUUGACUUGUCAUGGCAUUUUCAUAACUGAGAAUUGACUUGGCAUGGCAGUUUCAUAAUUGAGAAUUGACUUGUCAUGGCAUUUUCAUAACUGAGAAUUGACUUGUCAUGGCAGUUUCAUAACUGAGAAUUGACUUGACAUGGCAGUUUCAUAAUUGAGAAUUGACUUGUCAUGGCAGUUUCAUAACUGAGAAUUGACUUGGCAUGGCAGUUUCAUAAUUGAGAAUUGACUUGUCAUGGCAUUUUCAUAACUGAGAAUUGACUUGGCAUGGCAGUUUCAUAAUUGAGAAUUGACUUGUCAUGGCAGUUUCAUAACUGAGAAUUGACUUGGCAUGGCAGUUUCAUAAUUGAGAAUUGACUUGUCAUGGCAGUUUCAUAACUGAGAAUUGACUUGGCAUGGCAGUUUCAUAAUUGAGAAUUGACUUGUCAUGGCAGUUUCAUAACUGAGAAUUGACUUGUCAUGGCAUUUUCAUAACUGAGAAUUGACUUGGCAUGGCAGUUUCAUAAUUGAGAAUUGACUUGUCAUGGCAGUUUCAUAACUGAGAAUUGACUUGGCAUGGCAGUUUCAUAAUUGAGAAUUGACUUGUCAUGGCAGUUUCAUAACUGAGAAUUGACUUGGCAUGGCAGUUUCAUAAUUAAGAAUUGACUUGUCAUGGCAUUUUCAUAACUGAGAAUUGACUUGUCAUGGCAGUUUCAUAAUUGAGAAUUGACUUGUCAUGGCAGUUUCAUAAUUGAGAAUUGACUUGUCAUGGCAGUAACACAACUAAAAAUUGGCUUGUUAUGGCAGUUUACAACUGAGAAUUUACUGUCUGUUUCGAAGAAAUUUUGAUAUGUAUAACUUUUAAGGAGUAUUUUGUUUCACUUAAAUGAAAAAAUGUUAAGUGCCUCUUUUUUUUUUUGUUGUAAUUUACUGUUAACGCUGUUACGCUGACGACUAAUAUUGGCCUAAUGUAAGGUUACCACCUGGGUCAUGUAUGGGGACAUACAUGGUGUCAGGACGGUCGAAUGUAAGGUUUGUUGUAAAAUAAUUAAAAUAAAAUUGGUCAUGUUAAAGUUAAGGCAAUUUUUGUAUUGCCAAAUAGCAACACUGUUGGUGGUAGCAAUGCCAGUGGUGGGGUUGUGAGAUAAUAAAAAAGGCGGUAGUCUGAGAAACGGGAAGAGAAAUCAGUGUAUUCGGUAGUGAGCAGAUGUCUAAAGAUUGUAAAAGUGGAGUUUCAAAUAAAGCAAUACAGAAUUAAGUAAACUACUG